AUGGGCCUUACCUCGGCAGCCGACAAUUUAGUCACAGAGAACCCAGAUCAUAUUCACAUCAUGCCCCCCGCUGACGCGCGCGUGAUCUGUCCCACGGAUUAUUUUUCUGGGCAGGGGAAAAAGGUGCUUCUUUUGCUUAACCAGGAGAUUAAGCUCCCGGUCGCUGCUGUACAGCAAGUGUGGGAUGCUUCGCAAUUGAGGAUCUGUGCCGAUGGGGGUGCAAACCAGCUUUACAAAUAUAGUUUGAAACACGGUCUGGACUGGCUGCCGGACUUUGUGAUAGGUGACCUGGACUCCUUGCGGCCCGAUGUGAGCAUCUUCUAUAAAUCCAAGGGGGUCAAGGUCAAACAGCAGGCCUCCCAAUAUUAUUCGGAUCUAGACAAAGCCAUCACGCUUUCAAACCUGGCUCUGCUCGAUUCGACAAUAAAUCUCGACGACUACGACGACUAUGACGGCCUCAGCAAACAUGAGGAAAGCAUUACCGAUAGCAUUAAAGAUAAGGUCUCCGUAUUCAUGAUGGGAUCAAUUGGCGGUAGAUUUGACCACACGGUCUCUACAAUCAGUAAGCUGAUCAAAUUGCAUCAGACUCGGCCCAAUUUCGAGUUCAUUGUGAGAAACAACGAAUAUAACGAGUAUAUUCUGUUUAUUCCCAAAGGACGCAACUUUGUCACGCUGCUGCAAGAAAAGGACUACCAUCGAGGUGAAGAGUUGGUGAAGGCCAGUCUGCCGCUUGUUGGGCUGUUGCCACUUGCGUGUCCUGUGCGAUUGAGCACGACCGGACUCAAAUGGGACGUUACGAACUGGGAAUCCUCCAUUGAAGGAAAAGUGAGUGCCAAUAACCUCCUGGUCGGCGACAACGGGUUUCUCGUCGAUACCACAGGCCCCAUAUUUGUCAAUAUUGAAAUCUGA